AUGGUUCAAGCAUUUGGUAUUGCUUAUUUAUCAGCUUCAACGAUGAUUUUUCGACGAUUGCCUAAUUACUUUCAUUAUGGAGGAGAACGUCUUAUUGAUUCGAAUAUCCGUAGUAAGUUUGAGUUUUGGAUUGGAAUAUGGGCAUCACCGUUUAUAUUUCUUGCAUUUGUUAUGGCUAUUAUUUUGAAUCGAUGUAUUGUCUAUGCUUCAGUAAGAAGACCGGUUCAUUUGAGUUUUUGGAAACGCCUGGUAUUGCGUUCGGUGCCGAUUAUUUUACUUUUUAAGACAUCUUGGAUGUUACUUUCAUAUAUUAAGUUUAAAAAUGAUCCAAUUGCAAGAUAUUUUCCUGGUUUUAUUAAGCCAUAUGAGGCUCCAUAUAUUCUUUGGUCAACGUAUAAAAUUAUAUGUUUCACGACAUUUAUGAAUACAUUUAUAGCGUCUUUACAGAUGCGUCUUCCUUUAAAUGACCAUGGAAUGACUAUUUUCGAAUAUGCCGUAUCCUUUACUGAACUUAAUUUUUCUACUCCAUCUACGGAAAUGAUUGUUAUUACUUUUUUAUCUGUCUUUGGAAUUUUAUUGUCGCAAUUUUUAUGCCUUUUUAAUAUUGAACGUUUCAAAUUAAUUUCAUCAACUAUUAUUGGUUGCAGUUUCUUGUCUUAUUUUUCAUGGAGUAUUUAUAACGGACGAGGUUUACAUUUUUCUACAACUGUUUGUGUUUCAUUUAUACCUCAUUUAAUUACUAUUUUUGUCAUUAUUAUCUCUUUAAUGAUAUCUUUAUUAGUACGAUUGAUUGUUAAUCAUUCAUCUAAUUUAAGAACUGAUAUUUUCAAUGGAACAAUUUUUGUUGGAAAUAAUCUUGGUCUUGAUAUGAGUGAUGAUUUUUUCGGUUUGCUUUUGAAAUUUGGAGUGAUGGCACUUACUUCAGCACAAGAAGCUGUUUUCCUUAAUGAAGCAGAAGAAAUUAAACUUGUAGAAAAGACUUGGAUAGAAGAAUCAGAUGAAUAUUUAAGGUCAAUAAAUGCUAAUGGGUUUUCGAAGGAGAGGAAAAAUAUUGAGUGCAAGAAUGGGAAACAAAAAGAUUUUAACAGAUAUCGUGUUUCUACAUGGAAACCUACUAUAAUACUUUUGACAAAAACCAUUCGAACCGUAAAAGCAUUGAUUUUGUGGAUUAUAAUUGUCUUGAAAAAAGGAAGGGCGCAUCUUUAUGAAGAACAUGUUCAAAAUAAUCAGGAUGUCAAUUCUCUUUAUAAUAGAUUUAUUCAAGGAUAUGAUAUGUUAGAAGAAGAAAGUGAUGAUUCGGAUUUUAUACCAUCAUUAUCGAUAUAUAGCAAUGAUGAUGUUGAGGAUUGGAAAAAUAAUGAAGGCAUAGAAACAUAUUUACAUGAGAGCUCUAGCGAUGAUAAUGAAAACUGUGCAGAAAGGUCAUUUUCUGAGUUGUUUCCGAAUUUGGGAAGUUUGGCUCCUUUUAUUUCUCCUGAUCAUGAAGAAUCUCGUAUUCUGCAGUCACAUAUGUCAUCACAUACUAUAGUUACAAGAUCAAGAUAUCGUGAAAUUUUAUGUUCAAAUCAUGGAUCGGAUGAUAUAAAAAGACUUUUAGAAACAAUAAAAGAGCGUAGACAGUCAAUUAACAAGCUCGGGAAUAAUUCUGGGGAUGAAAAUGUAGUUCAAAUAAGGAGAUGUGUAAUAUGUUGCUCUGGUAUAAGAAAUAUUGUUUUAUGGCCAUGUCGUUGUUUGGCUUUGUGUGAUGAUUGCCGGAAAACAUUAGCAAUGCGUAAUUUUAAAGAAUGUCCUUGUUGUAGACAACCAGUAAUAAGUUAUAGUAGGAUUUGGAUUCCAUAAAAUUAAGCUGAAAAUGCUAAUUUAUUAUUUAUAUUACAUAUAAGCUCUAUAAUAAUAUUAAAUUCUUAUGUUUAUUAAAAUAUUUUUAAAUUGAGGACUUUAAAGCCCAUAUUUUUUGGGAUUAAAAUUUUCAAGACUAGAAAGGAUUUCAUUAUUAGUACCAAUAAUCUCCUCCUUUUUUUCUUCGAAAUAUUUAAGUAUAUCUGGUUCAGGAACCCAAAUAACCUAAAACACUUAGUCAUUUAUAUAGACAAAGCAUAAUAAUAUAGGUACUCUCAUGCCAGCGGAUCGUCCUGCUUGUACACCUAGAAUACUAUCUUCUAAAAGUAAAUUAGAAAUUGAUAUCAAGUAUGAUAGAUUUUAUUUCCCAAAAACAAGACAUUCUUUAGACGUUAUAGGUUCUAAGCUUUUUGAUUUGCGUUCAUUGUUGAUUAUAUUUAAUGCAGUUAAAUAUAUAUCUGGUGCUGGCUUUCCGCGCCCUUUAGGGAUUCUAGGAUCAUCACCUCGAACAAUGUUUUCUCCAAAGUGUGAGAAAAUGUGGCUUAAAUGAUUUGUUUUUAUGUGGAAGUUACGAAUACUAGAUGAUGUGGCUAGCUAUGGUUUUUAAAUAAAGUGGAGAGAUGCAAUUUUUUAACAAACAACAAUUGGUAUCCCUUGAUCUUUAAGAUAUUUCAAAACCAUGUAACUCCCUGGCAUUUCUUUAGUUUCUAAGAAUUUUUUCUUCUAUAGGCUUCUAUUAGACAAAACUUAUUUUUUAUAGUAUCAAUCACUUGAAGUUCUCCUGCUUCCUUAUAAAGCUUUUCUGCUGAUUCUUCGAUCUCAUAAGACUUUAUGAGAAUUUUAGUUGCCUGUCAUUUUUUUUAUAUAGAUAAUUUAGAUUUUAAAAAAUAUUACUUCGAGUCCUGGGAUUCCUAAAAAAUAAGCUUUUAAUUCAUUUUAGU